UAGCAUAUUAUUUAUUAUUAAUCAAGUAAGCAAGCAAGCUAUUAUGACAACAGAAGUUAUUAUAUCGAAUUAAACAUAUGUAUUCUAAUGUGAGCAUUUACAAAGUGAAAAUCCCUUUUAUUGCGUAGAGGAGGAUUGUGAAUAUAAGUAUUAGCAAGUGUGUGAGUAAUGUGUUAGUCAAGGUUAAUUUCAUGAAGGGCAUUAAUAUGUACUUAAAAAUUAGUUAUUGUAGAGAUUGCAUUAAGAUAAGGAAUCAAUCCUUAAUAAAUUAAAUAUUGCAAAGAACUUAAACAACAUGUAGUAGCAGGUGAGGGAUAAAUUUGAAGUAAUGAGAAAUCAUAUUGUCAGUAAGCUAGAUGCAUGCGCUAGCUAAAUUUUUGAAAUAUUAGAUAAUGAAAUUUCUAAAGCAUUUGAUUUAAAAAAUAUUGAUGACACAAUUCAAGAGUUAUAGUCAAUAAAAUUACAAAAGCAUAGAAACUCUAUUAGACAAUAGCUAUAUAACAAUACUACACCUUAAUAAAAUGAUGAAGAGACAAUAACAAAAGAUCUUAUAGAAAAUUUAAGAAAGCUUAAUGCAAAGAAAUUGGAUAAAAUAAUUUAUAAAGACCAGCAAAUGUACAACACAAAAAAGUAUGAAAUUUUCUACUAAAUCGAUGAUUUAUAGAGCAAAUUAGAGAAUUUCACAAAACAAAAUCUGAAUAGCUUGAUUUCGAACUUAAGAGAAAACAAGUUAGCCUUCCCCUUAGAUGAGUUUAGUUUCCAAGAAAAAGUAUUGAUGUUUCACAAACACCAUGUUAAUAAGCUGGUUUUAAUAUCUUCAAAUUACUUUGCUUCUGCAAGUUCUGACUAAGAUAUAGUUGUUUGGAACAUCCAAAAUAAUAGUAACCAGCCUGUUAGCAGAAUUUAGACUCAAUAACAGAUAACUUCUUUAGAAGUUAUAGGCAAAAAUCUACUGAUGUGCGGUGGUCCUGAUGGAAAUGCUUAUUUAUGGAAUUGGAGGAAUAAAAAGUGUGUUAGAAUUAUUUAAGAGGCUCAUGAGCUAACAGUAGAUUGUAUUAAAAAAAUUAAUAAUUCACUAAUUGCAACAGGAGGAGGUGAUUCUUAUAUUAGAAUUUGGAACAUAUCAAAUGGAGAUUUGGUUAAAGAAAUAAACACUCAUACAGAAGUUAUAAAUUCUUUAGAUUUAAUAGACUAAUCGAUGAUUGUUUGUGGUUCUUCUGAUUAGAAUUUAACAAUUUGGGACUAUAAGAAAGGAAAUUAAGUAAAGGAACUUGCUGGACAUUUUGGCUAAAUCAAGGUAGUUAAAGUUAUAUCAAGUGAAGUUAUUGCUUCUGGUGGUUCUGAUCAGUUGCUAAAAAUUUGGAAAUGGAAAGACGGAGAAGAAUACAGAAAUUUAAGUGGACAUACCUCUGCUAUUUACUCGAUAGAAAAAUUAGGAUAUCAUGAAAUAGCUAGUGGAAGUCUAGAUUGCACUAUCAAAAUAUGGAACUGGUAUCGCUCCCAAUGUCUAAAAACUUUAAAAGCACACAGAUAAACAGUUUGUAGUAUAUUAAGAAUAUCUAAUAAGUAAUUUAUCAGCGCAAGUGAUGACACUACUAUUAAAAUAUGGAGUUGAAAUAAUAAAAAAAUACAUUAUGAUAAUAAGGUUGAAUUAGCUUUUUAAAAAACAUAAAAAUUCUAAUAGAGGUAAAGUGAUUUGAAGCAAUUGUUUUAAGUUAAAUUGAAUAAUCAAUUUAAAUAUAAACUUGACUAACUAAAUUUUGUUCACAAAUAAAUAUAAAAAUUAUGAGGAAUUGUAGUUAUUUCCACACUAAAUAGAUCUAUAAGAAGCUAAGUUAUCUUAUUUAUUUAUUAUAAAACAUACUGGAAUUAACUAACUUAUCUUU